CCUAGAAUAGGUUAGAUUACAUAUUACAUCGAUUCUGUGUAUAGAAUUUUGUGGACCUGGUCUAGAGUAGUAGGAUAGAUAUAUUUAGGAGGAACCCUAAGUCGUUCAAUUCGUUCAGUUCUGGACAUUUGUUUCCCUCUUGAGAUCACAACAAUGGUCAGAGCCGCUUUAAUCCGCUCAGUCCGUAAUCUCAACCGCAACAGCCACCUUCCGAUGCUCUCGCUUCGCGUCCGUUUCGCUUCCGACCACCUUGAAGGCCAUUUCAAUUCUGAAAAGGGAGCCAUGGAACUGCCCAAAAGCCCCGAGGUUCGCUCGACCAUCGCUCCCCCUGAAGACUAUUUCAAUGCUGAAAUGGGAGGCAUGGAACUGGCCAAAAGUGGGCAAUCAUUCACCAUCACCCUGCCUUCUUCCCGUUUCUACCGAGAUCCAGCUGCCUUGCGAGACGCAAAGCGCAAUGUCAAAGGCCUUUCUGAAGGGGAAGCCAGAGAACUGUUCGAGUGCUGGUGCAGGAAAUAUCGCAAAAUAUACCCUUCCGAAGAACACAAACUCUACAGGUUUACUGUCUUCAAGGAAACUCUUGAACGUUGCACCAUCGAAGCCCAUGUGCACGUUUAUGCUGAUCUAACCUCCCAAGAAAGGAAGGGAUUAUUCUUUCAGAAGCCUUUAUACAGUCCAGAUCCAGAUUCAACACUCAUUCCCAAUCCCGACGGCAGUUUCUAUUCUCAAACAGAAGCUAGACAAGUGUUCGAAAUCUGGUGCAACCACUAUCACAGAUCAUAUCCUUCAGAACAAGAGAAACUCUACAGGUUCACUGUCUUCAAGGAAUCUCUUGAAUUCGUCGCCCGCUUAAACCACAAGCGUGAUCACCCAAAAGCUGCCUCCUUCGGCAUCUGCUCUUUGGCUGAUCUUACCAGUGAAGAAAAACAGGAAGUCAUGGGGGAUGCGUGUAGGUGGAGGCCUUUGCGGAAUUAUUGAAGGGCGCGCUUAUCUCCUGACUUAUAUAUAAGCCAGAAAUAAUUUAACUUUAAUCUUCAUGUGGUCUCCUUUUCAAUUUUAAUGUUAUUUGACAGAGAAUAUUUUCUAUGCAAGUGGCUACUUUAUGUACCCUUUACUCUGUUAGUGAACACUGUGGAAUAAGAGUGUCAGAGAGUGUUACCAGCACUCUCCUCACACCUGGUUUUCUUGGAAAAGUUUUAUGGCUGUAUUCUUGCCAAGCACAAUUUCAUUUUCCAUAUGAUUUAAGUUUGCCAAUUGCCAUUGUAUCA